GAUGUAAGCUGCAUUCCAUGGACAACGGACACAGAGACACACUGGCAGUGUGGCUUUAGUGUCCAAGAGUGUGAAGAUCAGGGAAGAUCAAACCAGCGAGUGUUGGUUGACCUCUGAGCGUCGCCCGCUUCCCCUCAAGGAUACCGCCUGCACGCCCGGGACACCAUCACAGCACGCCUGCUGCCCUCUGACAACCUUGCCAGGCCCACAAUGUCACAAUUCUGUACAAUGGCAGCUGGAGAGAAGAAGAAGUACGCAGCAGCUAUUUGUCGAGAGGUCCACGGUGCCAAUGGGGACGGGAUGGAUCUCGGAAAGAAGCACAGCACUCCCAAAGACAUCAUGCUGGAGGAGCUGUCGCUGCUCUCCAACAGAGGCUCCCGCCUUUUCAAGAUGCGCCAGAGACGAUCGGAAAAGUACACGUUUGAGAGCAUACAAAACGAGGCCAACGCACAACUUAAUCAUGAUUUUCUGACUGCGAACGCACACAUGAUUGAAAUUAAAGUGGAUGCACCAACCAAUGGAAACACUCCCAACCCAGAUGACACACCUCAAGAUACGAAUGCAGAUGAGUCAAGUGCCUCCGCCAUGUCUAAAUCCUACCACUCACCGUGGGAGGAGGCCAUCAGCGAUGACCCGGGCCUCACUGAGACUUUCAAACUACAAAUGCCCGCCAUGGACCCUCCCCCUGAACUUCCUGAGUACAAAAGCUUCAACCGGGUCGCGACCCCUUAUGGCGGCUUCGACAAAGCGCCCCGAGGAAUCACAUUCAAACUCCCAGAGCUGGACCUCAAUCCGCCCAAGUACCCGGAGCUCCAGGAUGCGGGGAUCAAGCGGCCCACCUUCAACAGAACGGCCCAGGGAUGGAUAACCGAGGGCACCCAUUUGAUCCUGCCCCAAAUCACCCUCGAGUCCAUUCAAGUGCCCGAGUCGGAUGACCUGUAGUCACUCACACAGCUGCCAUUUUUUGGACAACAGAACGCUUCACUCAGCUAUCCUUCAGAUGAUUGGUGUGUUUGUUGUACACUGGGGUUAGAACUUUGUGUAAAUAGAGAAUGGUAUGUGCUGCAAAAGAGUUUCCAGUGGUUCUGAACAUGUGUAAAUAAAGAAUUCAGCUUAUUUAUUGACUGAGCACAAUUAAAACAUAUAGGAAAACUAUAACAGUAGAGAGCAGAACUCUGCCGUGGCUGAAUUAUUCACAAAAAUGAUCCGUGUUGGUUUGUCAGAAUGUACACCACCUUGGUUUAUAAGCUGCGACGCCGUUAUACGUUUUGAAAUCUGUUACCAUCGUGACCCAAACAGCAUAAGAGAGGA